AUGAGUGACAGUCGAAAUCGAAGUCAUGAUGAAAGUGCAUCAAGAUCUCCAUCAAAAUCAAAAUCAAGAUCACGAUCAAAAUCGCUUUCAUCAACAUCAUCUGGUCGUGCAGCCAAAGCACGAAAUUGGAAUGGUGAAUCAGGUUAUCGUUUACAUGUUUCUCCACUUAAUCCUCGUACAUCACGUCGUGAUAUUGAAAAUCUUUUUUCAAAAUUUGGUUCAAUUAAUGAAGUUUGGAUGGCAACAAAUCCACCUUGUUUUGCUUUUGUGAAUUUUAAACAUCGAGAUGAUGCUGAAGAUGCAAUGCAAGCAAUGGAUGGAAAAAUGAUUGAUAAUUCUCGAGUUGGCGUUUCAUUUGCACGUAAACGAACAAUAGGUGGUCGUCGAGGUGGACCAUAUAGUAAUGGUAAUGAUCGAUAUUCACGUGGAGAUCGUGAUUCAACACGAUAUCGUCGUCGUUAUUCACCUCGACAUUCCGAUGAUACGCGUGAUAGAUAUAAUGAUCGACGACGACGACAUUCACGAUCACGUAGUCCAGUUCAACAUAAUAAACGUGAUUAUCGUCCCAAAUCAAGAUCAUCAUCACCAAAAGCACGUCGUAAUCGACCAUCAUCAAGAGAUCGAUCACCACAACAACAAGCAGCAAAUAUUGUUCAUAGAUAUAAAGAAAAUGAUGAUUAA